CACUUCCGGCCACGCCCCCUCUCCGUGUCGCACUUCCAGCCCCGCCCCGCGUGCACCGUGGCACCCUACGCCGUUGCCAUGGCAGCGGCCUGGGCGCCCAGUUUAGAGUUUCGAGGGAUCCCCGGAGCCACCGGCGCUCUGGAGGAAGUUCAGUGAACCGGCGAGACACAGAGCGGAGGUUGCGACGCGGAGACAGAGAUGGGAGGGCCCCUUACGGCCAGUCCUGAACCAGGAAGCCAGGAGCCAGAAAGCCAGGCACCUGCAUGAGUCGUGGACCUCACAGCCUAGUCCAAAAGCUGGACAUAGUCAGCCACUCCAGCUUCAUGGACAAACAUCUGUGAGAGGAGCUGUGGGGAUGGCACACCUGCUAGGCAGCCAGGCUUGUAUGGACAGCCUACGCAAGGACCUCACCGACCUACAAGGCACCAUUGUGGAUGUAUUCUCCCGUGCCGGGCCUGUGCGCUUCCCCUCUUGGAAGUUCCCUGACCGUGUGGCCUGUGACCUUGACAUGGUAGCCCUUCUGGAGCACUAUGACCAUGUGCCAGGUGACCCUGAGUUCACACAGCUGUCCCAUGCGGUGCUGCUGGAGCUGGUCAUUGACAGACUCCUGCUGCUGCUUCAGAGUUGUGCCAGCUACGUGGAAAACCUCAGUUUGGAGCAGAUGAUGUCUCCUGCCCGAGCUGCAGGGCCAUGCAUGUCCGUGGGGCUUACAGUAAGGCGCUUCUGGAGCAACCUGCUUAGGCUGGGCCUGCUCUACCAGCAGGCAGUCCCCCAGAAAAGAGCAAACCAAGGGGAGAUUUCUAUCACCAAGCCCACAGCUAAGGGUGAACCAGCCAGGAGCCCUGAAUGUAUGACUGCCAAGUUCAUCAAGCCUCCCUCCCCGGUGCCAGGCUUGCCUUUGAUCUGCCAAGGGCUGCAGAGCAUCCCUGUCAGAGUCUCCCUGCGGAGCCCAGGUGGGACCUCUGAGAAAACCAAGAGUGUCCACUCCCAGACCAUCGAGACAGCCUUGGUGCCCUGUGAUGCUUGCACCAGUGUCCAGGGCAGCUUGUGGGAGGUGGGCAAGGUGGUUAUCAGCCUAUGUCAGAGCCAAAACUUGCCUUCAUCCUUGGGCCAGUUCCAGAAGUUGGUGCAGGACAGCCUGGGGCUUAAACCACUGCCAGCUGCCACCGUGGGUCACUGGGCAGCAGAACAGAGCAAAGACCUGACUCGUCUCAAUAAACAUGUGGGGGCCCUCACCCAGCUUGUUGGGCCCCUCAGGGCCCAGCUGGAAGAGGCUGAGGGGCAGAAGGAUGGACUGAGGAAGCAGGUGAGCAAGCUGGAGCAGACCCUGCAGCAAGAGCAAGGGGAGCGGCAGCGACAGACAGAGGAGGCUGAGCGGACCCUGGCCAAGUGCGAGCAUGACAGGCAUCAGCUGUUCACAGAAACAUGUGACCUGAAGACAAAGGUGGCCGUUCUGGAGGGAGACCUGAAGCAGCAGCAGAAAUCUAUACAGGCCAUGGAGGCAAAGGCCAAGCAGCUGGAGGAGGAAGGUGAGCGGAGGGCAGCAGCUGAGAGGCAGGUGCAGCAGCUGGAGGAGCAAGUGCAGCUUCUGGCAGGGCGGCUGGAUGGGGCUAGCCAGCAGAUCCGCUGGGCCAGCACGGAGCUGGACAAGGAGAAGGCCCGCGUCGACAGCAUGGUCCGUCAUCAGGAGUCUCUGCAGGCCAAGCAGAGGACUUUGCUACAGCAGCUCGACUGCCUGGACCAGGAGCGGGAAGAGCUGCGGGGAAGUCUGGAUGAGGCUGAGGCCCAGCGGUGUGAGUUGGAGGAGCAGCUGCAGAGCCUCCAGAGCGAUAGGGAACAGGGACAAUGCCAGCUACAGGCCCAGCAGGAACUGCUGCAGAGCCUGCAGCAGGAGAAACAGGACCUGGAACAGGUGACUACAGACCUGCAGCUGACUAUCUCUGAGCUGCAACGGCAGCUGGAUGAGCUGAAGGAGCGGGAGCGGCUGCUGGUAGCCUUCCCAGACCUGCACCAGCCAGCGGAGGCCCAGAUCCAAAGCUCUAGCAAUGUCAUGCAUGACAUGGAGAGGCAAGUGCAAGCCAAUGAUGUUCGUAUCCAAGUCCUACAGGAGGAGAAUAAGCGGCUCCAGUCAAUGCUGACCAAAAUCCGAGAGGUGGCCCAGCAGGGAGACCUCAAGAUGGUCCCACAGGAACAGCUCUGGUCCCCUCCCUACAAGGGCAUCCAGGAAGCAACACCCCCAGCCCAGGCCCAGAGUGCAUUCUCAGGACCCACAGGCAGACGGCAGUCUCCUGGCAGCAGGACAAGCAGUACAGGCAGGACCCAUCCAGGCGGGCCCCAAACAUCCCCCUCUCGGCAGCCGGGCAGCUUGCCCAGCAAGUCCUCUUUGGGGGAUGGAACCCAUUCAGCAACCUGCACCCAGAACCCCAUAAGGGCCUUGGCCAGGCUGAGGAGAAAGCUUUCUCCAAACCGUCAGGCUGGUUGUACAUACCAGCCCCAGGAGCGGCCCACAUAACCCGCAGCAGGGGUAGGGCUGGAGGGCAGGUGACUAGCAACCCCCCAUGGAAUAAAAGCCCCAGCCAUCUGCCCACAGCGAUCUUGGCCUUAGCGUGGCUGAGCUGGGGGAAGAGACCUUCCCUUCUUGUUGGGUAAGAGCCUCUGUGAUCCCACCAUGCAGGUCACUGGCCAAUAGAAGCCCCACACUGAAUUGGGAGCUUCCUGUUUGCAUCCUGACAGGCACUGUGGGAGGACCACAUUGAGGGGCAGCACCUGAGCCAAGUGAAGCACAGCCUUUGUGUCCCAUAGAAAGGGCCAAGGGGUAACUCCGGAUUCACUGGUCAGCACUCAGGGUAGGGCUUGGGGUGCGAGGACACAUCUGAAACAAGGAGCUAGGCUUGGAGCUUGCCCUCUGGUUCAGCGAGGCAUGCAGAAAACAGUGUUGCCUUUGCCUUCCACCUGGGCUCUGCAUCUGAGACAGGGCACUAGGCAGCUCACCAAGGAGCUUGUUGCUUCUCUAGGAACUACUGGGAGAUCCCUCUUAAGUCCUAGAGGUCAGAGCUCCACCAAACCAUUGGAGGAAAGUCCAGGCCUUUGGACACCUUAGCCAGCCAUGGUUGGUAAGAAUUAGACCUUGGAGGCUCACCCAGAAUAGGAUGACACAAGAUGGGGCAAGGAUGCUACCAGCCACACCAUGCAACACAGUGGUCCUUCUUCUAAGCAAGCCUACCUUGAGUCAUGUUGUUUGUGGAUGGACAGGCUCUAAAUUUUUAGUGAGGAUUUCUCAGGGCAUACUCACCCAGUGUGAGUGGCAUUAUUAAUUGUAUAGUAGGGUUGACUACCUAAGUUUACAGUGAAGGAUUAGUGGCCAGGUCUCCCAACCUGCUUCUUUUUGGGGGAGGGUGUAUUUCAAGACAGCACUUCUCUGUGUAGCGCUGGCUGUCCUAGAACUCUAGACCAGGCUGGCCUUGAACUCACAGAGAUCUAGCUACCUCUGCCUCCCAAGUGCUGGGAUUAAAGGUGUGUGCCACCACUGCUGGCCCAACUCUGCUUCUUAACAGCCCAGGGGUUCUGGGGAGACUGGAUGCUCUGAGCCACUCUACCCAGGGAGAGCCAGCUCUGGGCACAGCCCUGAGAGAGGCCCCGUGAGUGCUGAAUGAGUCAACAUCCAGUCAGUCGGCCAGACCCUUCUCAUCUAGGUGACACAUACCCGAGGGAGGCUGAAACAGAAGGAUUGAGAGCUUGAGGCUAGCCUAUGCCAUAUAGCGAGGACCUAACUCAGACGUCAGAUGGAUAGGCAUAGAAUAGGAAACAAUCAAAAAGGUCUAGAAGUCCAUCUAUUUGACCAGGCCCUUUGCUCAGGGUGCUCAGAGGGGGAAACUACGGUAUCACUCAGGAUGGCUCCUGGCUGUGACAGAGCUUGAUGCUUAGGCUUAGGCUUAGGCUGUGGGGCUGAGGUCCCCAGCCCUCACUGCUCUUGCUUGGCCUCUUAUUCAUCCCACCCAUCUUCAAGAAGGCAGCAGAGGUGGGCAUGGUAGCACUCAGGAGGUGGAAGCAGAAGUAUCUCUUUGAGUUUGAGGCUAGCCUGGUCUACAUAGAAAGCUCCAGAACAGCCAGGGCCACAUACAGACCCUGUCUCAAAAGAUAAAAAAUAAAGAAAAGGAGGUGUGCAGCAAAGAAUGUAAGAAAGUGGGGUGUGCAGCAUAGAAUGUAUAGAAUGUACUGCGGCAUGAUGCCCUUCAGUCCCUGACUCCUGCUUUCCAUGGGCUCACAUGUUGGCCAGAUGCUUUUCUCAUUUUUAUUGGUUUAGUGUCGGGAAUUGAACUCAGGCCCUUGUGCAUUCUAGGCAAGUGUUCUACCAGUUAGCCACACCCCAGCCCUUGCCCCUCUCAUCAGAAGGUCAUUUACAUAACCCACUCACAGGGGCCAAAACUUCUUAGAGUCAAUAUUUUAAAGAUUAUGCAAGGAAUGUUUUUGCAGCCCAGGAGUGCAAGGCCUUAAGGAAUGUAAGAAUUCCAACAUGUAGCCCAUGUUGACUUCAAACUCACUAUGCAGCCAAGUAUGAUGAGGAGUUCAUGACCCUCUGCUUUCCCUUCCAGAGGAGACAGAACAGGGGGUUACAGGGACUGCCCAUCAGUCCAGUUUAGCCUGGAACUUUUUGUUUUGUUUUGUUAUUUUGAGACAGAAUCUCUCUGUGUAGCCCUGGCUGUCCUGGAACUCGCUAUGUAGACCAGGCUGACCUUGAAUUCACAGAGAUCUGCUUGCCUCUGCCUCACCAGUGCUAGGAUUAAAGGGGUGCACUACUGUGCCCAGCUGGUCUUACACUCUUAAUCCUCCUGUCUCCACCUCCAGAUUUCUGGGAUCACUGGCAUAUGCCACCACAUACCCAUCUUUUCUUUAACAUCUUAAAACAUCACACAGAUUUAUGUCUUAUGUUAAAAUAUAUUCCAUGUUUAUUUUACUAUUAAAACUUCC